AUGCUUGUUAGAACACUAGCGUCUGUUAAUGCUUCAAAUGCUAAGAGGGAUCGUCUAAUAGCGAAAGGAAGAAAAGAUUUGGAUGAUUCAAAAUUUUAUAAAACUCAAGUCGCAUCCCUCAAAAAAUACCAACAGAGAUAUGAUCGAGAUAAACACGAUCGAUGGAGAAUAAAACAGAAGGAGCAGAUAGCUACCCUGGCUUCAAGAAGAGAGCGACAAGUAGUUGAAUUAAAGAAAGAUUAUAUGUGGCCUGCCCCUGAAAUAGAAAAUGAAGUGUGGGGCUAUGAUAUUUUUUCAAAAUGCGAAGGACCUGAUCAUUUGGAUUGCAUCAAAUCGACAACUUCUAGUAGAACUGCGCACUCUCGACGCCUUCCUAUUCAAGUUAAUUUCCCAAUAAUGACAACACUUGUACAUUAUUUGGUUUUCAAUUGGUUUGGAAGGCAAAAAUUUGGAAGCAAUCAAAUUUGGGAAGGAAUUAGGGAUCAACUCUGUCAGCCCGAAAUGAAUCCAAUGUGGCUACUAGUGAAAUUUUGGCAAUAUAUUAAAUUGGACCCAAAGAAGGCCUUUAAAGACAGAUUUUUGAUUGAUAUUCUUGUGCUUCGGAGAAUGAAUUCCGCCUAA